CGAGUGGAAAAGUGGUUCCUCCAGAAAAUUUCUCUAAGUCAACAUGCUGAUGCCGAACAUGAAAGGGUGGACUCGCGUAGAGCGGGGGAAAGUUUUUCCAAAGCCGUCCGUUUGCCGGAGGAAAAGCUAUAAAGCAAGGUUCAGGUGACGAACCCAGCUCAGUUCGGACGGACUUCAAAUGGAUACGACGCGUCGCUAGAUAGUACAGGAGUUGUCGGUUUAGUAGCAGCAUACCGGAGACAGUGCAAAACAUAUCACAUUUUAUCGCUACAUUCAACGGCAUGGCAAACCAAGCGAAACUCAUAGUGACGGUACUAGCCGUUACGCUACUGCCGUCAAUCCUAUCGCUAGCCAUCGAGCAUCCUCCGCAGAGCUAUUCGCUGUUCAAGCGAGGCCUCGUGCUGGGCGAUGUGACCUACAGCUAUGCAGCCACGGAUAUGGGUUCGGCGAAUGGAAGUCGUGUCAAGACGGUAACUGUCAUCAAAAACAUGGCCCUGCCCAAAGCAACCAGUACGAUGUUCACCGAUCGUACGGAUCAAUUUUUUAGUUCAUUUGACGACGUCACUGGUGUCGGUGGCGGCCAUGGCCAGUCAAAAUCAAAACAAAACGAACACGUCCAAUACUGGCCCGCAAAGGAGUCGAAUAAAAUGAAAAAGGUCACGCUACAGCCACCGGUGUUUAGCGGAAUUGGCAUUAGCAGUGCGGCACCUGAAAUUAAAGAACAUCCCCAGGAAGAGUUCAAACAUCCACUGGAGCUGCUGGAGAUUGCCAAGAGUGCCGCUCGGACGCAGAACCAGCUGAUGGGAACCGUUGCCGGUGAGGACACUGGGCCACACAUGUUUCCGGCGGACGCGACAAUGUCCAAGAAGCGUAACAACGGAGUUGUCACUGUGGCCAAGGACUACACCAGCGUGGUGACCACCGAACGUUCCAAACCCAAAACAGCGGGUAAACUGAACACUAAAGUUGAAUCUAAGUCAAAAGACCCUCCACGCGAUAGCUUCAACUCGUUCGAUCCAAGUUCGCUGUACCAGGACGAGUUCGAGCAAUCCGAGUACGUCUACUCGCCAAAAAAGAAAGAGUUCACGCUGAAGCAAACCUCCAAACCGUCCCAAUCCGUUGGUGAUCGCAUCCGGAAUACGCCGUUUGCAUUCCGCGAUCCAGCUGCACCGGCCACCUACGCUGAAUUUGCACUGUACAACUCCAACCAAACCACGCCGGAGUUGCUGUUUUCCGAACUGGCCAACGCCGUCGCCAGCCGCAACAUUUCGAUGAUCAAAAACCUUGCCGAGCAGCUGGAUGACCAGGAUCGGGACGUGCCAAAGUAUGAGUUUGAAUCGCUCAAAACUAACGACGAGUACGUUCCACUUUCCAAGUUCAGCUUUGGCCCAGAUGAUUCCAUGAUGGAAAUUUCGGAUACUCCUACCACGAGCGAACCAAUUAUGCCGAGUACGACGAUGGGGACUACGACGACGAUUGAACCGGCACCGGUGACCACGAAGAAACCGUUAAAGUACAUUGCCCCGCGAUUGAGAGGAUUCAAGCGAUUCUCCUCGAGAAGGCAGUAACAGUAUUGACUUGUUUUAGUUAUUUAUUUGGAAAGAGAUUCAUGUUAAAU